AUGGGUCUCUCUGCAUUAUGUUGCACAGCAGAGAUCUCACUCAAGAGAAUCAGUAGCUUCCUGGAGCAAACAUACGAAAACAGCAGCAAAAUGGACUGUCAACCUAGUCUGAAGCUCAUCUCAUCCCUAGAGGACCUUGAGAUGACUACACACCCCAUCGUAACAGCGCCACCAGUGCAUCCUUUUACAUCACCUUUUCUGUCCAGAUCGCCAGCAGAGGUCGCCGAGAUACUCGCUGCAAGGACGUCAUCUGAUUCCAUGAUUGAAUCUAAUCUGUUCGCUAUCUUGGACGAGAAGUCACUCUCCGAAGACUCUGGUCUGAUUGUGCAAGUCAAAGCUGGCAGGGUGGAGAGUGUGCGUGUGCAUCUCGAUACGAUCAAUGCGGAGCUUAUUAGAGUUAAAAUGAUUACGUUUGACGUUAAAGAGACGCAAGGGUUAGUGGGGAAAGAUGGGGUGUUCAGGACCAAGCCACCUGAUGAGAGUAAGAAGGGUGGGAGUGCGGUCAGGAAGAAGUUGGGUCAAGUGGUCAUUGGGUAG